AUGGCUGCUGCUCAAGCUAAGAAUCCUUCCAAUGCCACAUUUAAGGAUAAGGAGAAGCCACAGGAGGUGAGAAAGUCGAACAUUCUCGCCGCCAGAGCUGUCUCGGAUGCUAUCAGAACUUCCUUGGGUCCUAAAGGUAUGGACAAGAUGAUCAAGACCAAAGAGGGCAAAAUCAUCAUUUCCAACGAUGGUGCCACUAUUCUUAAACACAUGGCUAUUCUCCAUCCAGCUGCUCGUAUGUUGGUCGAUUUGUCGGCUGCUCAGGAUAUCGAGGCUGGUGAUGGUACCACCUCUGUGGCCAUCUUGGCAGGUUCUCUUUUGGGAGCUGCUGAAAAGUUGUUGAAUAAGGGAAUCCAUCCUACUAUCGUCGGUGAGAGCUUCCAAAGAGCAGCUGCACGUGUCUGUGAGGUUUACUUGGAAAUGUCACACAAGAUCAGCUUGAAAGACCGUGAAAUCUUGAUCAAGGCUGCUUCCACGUCCUUGUCCUCCAAGAUUGUCUCUCAGCACUCUGCCUUGUUGUCUCCACUCUCUGUGGACUCUGUACUUAAGGUGAUGAACGAGGCUCAAGAUAACGUUGAUUUGAACGACAUCAGACUUAUAAAGAAGGUUGGCGGAACUAUCGACGAUACCGCGUUGGUCGAUGGUGUUGUUCUCACGCAAAAUGUGUUGAAGUCUGCUGGAGGUCCUUCCAGAAUUGAGAAGGCUCGUAUUGGUUUGAUCCAGUUCCAGUUGUCUCCACCAAAGCCAGAUAUGGAAAACAACGUCGUUGUUAACGAUUACAGACAGAUGGACAAGAUCCUUAAAGAAGAAAGAGCAUACUUGUUGAAUAUUUGCAAAAAGAUCAAGAAGGCCAAGUGUAACGUUUUGUUGAUCCAGAAAUCCAUCUUGAGAGAUGCUGUCAAUGACUUGGCUUUGCACUUCCUUGCCAAGCUUAACAUCAUGGUCGUCAAGGACAUUGAGAGAGACGAGGUCGAAUUCUUGACCAAGGCUACUGGAUGUAAGCCUAUUGCUGACGUCGACAACUUUACCGAAGACAGAUUGGGCUCCGCCGAGCUCGUUGAAGAAACUGAAUCUUCUGGUUCUAAGAUUGUCCAGAUCACUGGAGUUAACCCAAAGAAUACCCGUCCUACCGUGUCCGUUGUCGUCCGUGGUGCCAACCAGUUGGUCUUGGACGAAGCUGAGAGAUCUAUUCACGAUGCCCUUUGUGUCGUUAGAUGUUUGGUGAAGGAGAAGGCUUUGAUUGCCGGUGGUGGUGCCCCAGAAAUCGAAGCCUCUAGAGUCUUGUUUAAGGAAUCCAGCAAAUUGAGUGGUGUGGAACACUUCGUGUACCAGGUCUUCGCACAGGCUUUAGAAGUCAUCCCAACGACGUUAGCCGAGAACGCCGGCUUGAACCCUAUCAAUGUCGUUACCGAUUUGAGGAACAAGCACGAGUUGGGAGAGAAGAACGCUGGUAUCUCUGUCAGAAGAUACGGUGCAUCUAACACAUUCACAGAGAACGUGUUGCAGCCGGUUCUUGUCUCUACAAGUGCUAUCACUUUGGCUUCUGAGACGGUGAAAUCCAUUUUACGUAUAGACGAUAUCACCUUCAGCCGUUAA